AUGGAUCGGCGGCCAUCCCUGGCUGACGAUAGUGAGGACUACGAAGAUGAAACCUUGUUGCAAUCUGCGGCAAGCGGAGCCAAUUUUGGGGAAGAACACGACGAUGCGUCAAACAGUGACGACCGUAGUGAAGACUCGAGAGGUUCGGCGAGGACUAUUUCCGAUGAUGAGGAAGCAUGCAAAGGCUCAGACCGUGACGAAAAUGACGACGAUGGCCAUUUCGAAGAUCGUCGCCAUCAACGGCGUUCAGGGUCGACUGCCGAACGUUAUGUCACAUCAGAUAUUGCCAGAGAUGAAGCAGAAAGUCCCAGCUCGAAGAGUGACAUGGAAGGUGAGGAUGUGGUGUGCACACCUCGCUCAACAAAAUCCUUUGGCGAGACCUACGAAAUGCCCCCAAUCCGUGAGGCGCCUGACGAUAUCCCUACAUGUGACGAGACUGAGUACAUUCCGUGUGGCUCGCAACCAAUGGUGGAGCCAGGACCAAUUCGCCGAGCUUCUUAUACAGAGGCCGAGAAGCCGAAACGUGGGCGGCGGAUGACAAAGACCGAUGAUCAUCGCCGCUACUCGUCUCUGACAGAGCUAUGUCGAAUGAAGUCGCGAAUCCGAUCACCAUCUUACGUUGCCCCAAAAGCGAGUCCGGCCCGUCCAGCAGUCACGGCAAUCAGUGUCCAUCCCUCCGACUCUCCCCGCUUGACGACUGUUCAUGAGCAUCCUGCAACACCACAACGCACAGCGCAGACCGUGCAGUCUGAUCUUGGAUUGUAUCAGAUGCUAUGGGAAGAGCCGCCACCAUCGCGGAAGAGCAGCGUAGCCCCCACAUAUAAAGAUCCGGACAGCGGGGUUGAAUUUAUCCUGUUUGAUGAGAACGACCCAGGCGCAACGACUCCGAUGAUCGACCACGUCAAGACAAAGCUUACCGCAUGGAACUGGUCUCGCGAGGUUAUGGACGAGUCUUCCGAGGACAGAUUAGGAUAG